GGAAGUUGUUUUUGUCAACGGAUUUGCGAAACAUCUUUAACACCAACUUGCUAUUACAAAAAAUACUUUUUGACAAUACUGAUACGAUAUCAUGGAACUCACUAUAACACUUUUGAACGGGGAAUCAGUACCCCUGACGGUUCCGCUACACACUACGGUGGGGUCUCUCAAGAGCCUAAUCCACCAAACAUUAGGAGUGGCGACGUCAACUCAAAGAUUGUCUGGUGUCAAUGGGAACAACAUCAGUCUCAACGAUGAUUCAAAAACAUUAAUCGACUAUGGUCUGAAUUCAGGAUCUAAAGUGAUGGUGCUGAUUACUAAUCCUAUCCAAGUGUUUCUAAAAAACGACAAGGGCCAGAUGCAUACGUACGAUGUGGUGCCGAAUGAGACUGUAACCCAGUUUAAAGCCAAGGUGGAAAACAAGGAGAAAGUCCCUGCCAACCAACAGAUGCUAAUUCACCAGGGUAGGCAGCUAGAAGAUGGCAAGAAACUGGAGGACUACGGCAUCGGAAAUCACAGCACAAUCCAACUGUCGCUCCGUCUAAGGGGAGGCUGAAGAAACCCUGCAUCUAUAUGAAACACUAUGAUUACAUUGUUAUGCAUUCCAUAGACAAUUAGUGCACAAAGGUAAUCGCUUGAUGUUUUUUUUCAGUUAUAAAGAUUAAGCAUGGUUGAUGUAAACGUACGUUAAAAUUAUGAAUAUUUUUCUAAAUUAAUAAACAAGUUUAUUUAAAAAGGAAAGAUAAAGCAUUAGAUCGCAAAACAUGCAUAACCCAAUGUUUCUACUUUAAACAGUUUAGACUUAACUACUCAUUUAAAUUGUUGUGUUGUUAGUUCAAAGGGAAAAUUACUUUUUCUGACUCAUCGUAGAAGGAAGAACGUCGUAUUCUGUUCUUUUGUCACUAUAAG